AAAUGAGAAGAUAGAAAGGGGAAUAAAAACCCAAAGAGGAAAGGUAUAAAUGGAAGCGGGGUGGCGACAAUGUGUCAUACAUGAUCACCAUAUCAACACAUUGCCGUACAUAAUCCGUACUCCUGUCGGGCCGUACACAUGCAAAAGCCAUGCUUUUGCAAAGCUUACCUCAUGAUGUAUCCUUGUCAUCAUCUGGGAUCUCAUCCAGCAUUCUGGAUAGCCAUUAUAAUUGCUUUGUUUGCUCCUCUUGCGUUUAUAAAUGGUGCGAUUCUGUAAGCCUAAGGAUGGAGGAAAUUGUACGACGACCAGUACGGCCAAUCAGCUUCCUCUCUAUGGAGGGGACCUGGUGUACAUAUACUCUGUGUAGUGGUAUAUCUGUUUAUAUGGGUGAUACAUUUCUAAACAGUGUUAUAGUGGCCAGGAGGUCUUUGAAAAUGUAGCUGAGGUAAUGUACCAGCGUACGGUACACGGCUAUGAGACCUGUACGGCUGUGAGUGAUGUACGGCAGCCCAUGGCGGCCUGGUCGUAGGCAUAAGGUAUAGGCAAAUGGCCCUAAAGGUGGCCGGCCAGCUAGCUGAGGCAGCCGUAGUGGUUUUGUUGGGGUUGUGUUUAUAUUUGCGAAACCCUAAGUUCGCUGCUAGUAGCCCCCGACGUAGUGGUCCCUCCAAGCAGGGCAUAGCGGACGGGAGGGCCUUAUCUCCCCCAGCUGCGAGCCUGGCGGCGUUGCUACAGGGCCCCGCCGUACGGAUGCUAUCUGCGGGCCUUAUGCUAGGCAGCGGCCUGGGGGUAGUCCUACCCGAGGGGUUUCACGCUUUCGCGGAGGGGUCCAGGGGGGGCCCGCACACCGGAUUUCCGGAGUGGUUCUCUGGCGCAGCGCUGCUGGCGGGCUUCGUGGGCAUGCUGGUGCUGCAGCUGCAGCUCCAGGGGGGUAACCACACACACGAACGCCCGGCAGUAGCAGUAGCAGGAACAGGAACAAGAGCAGUAGCGGGAUGGAGGGCACCGGAUGAGGAAGGUGCAGACGCAGGAUCAGGAGGACGCGGCGCUGAAGUCGUGAAUGUAAACGGUGAUGGCGACGGCGCCGACGGUAGCUACAGCCAAAGCAAUGGAGGCUGGCGGCGGCGACGGGAAGGCGGCUAUAAAGCCCUGCCGUCCGCAGUAGCAGCGGAUGUUGAGGUGGCGGCGGCGGGGCGUUACGUACCGUUGCCGCCAGCAUCGGCUGUAGCGACCGUGCCCGGGGCGGCACCGGGGUUAUUGGAGCUAAGUCGGCGGCACGGGGGAAGCAGCGGCGCCGCCGCCCAUGUAUCAGUGUCGGAAGAGCCGCCGACGUCGGAUUCGUACACGUGUACGGCCGAUACGCUGCAGCCGUCGGCGUCAACGCCAUCGAAGCCCGCUUGUAGUGCCUGUAGCAACUCGCCCUCCUUUCCCGUGGCUAUUCGUGACGGCAACUUGCGCAUUGCCGCUACCGCCGCCUCCGCAACCGUUGCGACUGCCGCCGUCGCGCGCGCCGGUGGUGCCGGCGGCGGCGGCGGCGGCGUGUCAUCUGCACAGUUGGCUCUCGUGGGGUUGCUAACCCAUUCGACGGCGGAUGGCCUGGCGGUUGGGGCCGCCAGCAUCGGCGGCGGCGGCGGCGGCGGCCCGUCGGCGCUGAGCUUGACGGUGGCAGCCGCCAUCAUGAUGCACAAAUUGCCUGUCACGUUGGGCCUUACGUCGUACCUCCGGGAGGCGGGCUGGCGGAGGCGCAGUGUACUGCAAGCUCUGAUCGCUUUUAGCGCGUCCGCGCCCGUUGCCGCGGUGGCUACCUUCUACCUGCUCGGAUUGCUGCUCACGCCUGGCGGGGGCGGCGGCGGCGGCGGCGGCACCGACGUCGGCGUCGGCGGUCAGGUUGUGGCGCUUGUCGUACUCUUUUCGGGGGGAACUUUCCUGGCGGCGGCGACACAGCACAUAUUGCCGGCGGCGCUGGCGGCGGCAGGGGCGGUGCCGCCGCCAUCGUCAGGCAGCGACAGCAGCGGCGGCAGCAGCGGCGGCGUAAUAGAGAGCAAUAGCAGGCUGGAAGCGCAGGAGGAAUCUGCGGCUAUGAAUGCGCUGGACGGAAGACGAGAAGCAGGCAAUACGGUGACGGUGGCUGCGGUCAGGGGUGGCGGCGGAUUGUCAUUAAUAUGGUUGACGGUUGGGGCUUUGUUACCACUUCUUAUCGCUGCAUUGCUCCCUGACUAA